CGACGGCUAGAAUUGCGAGAAGUUUAGAGAUGGCGAGAGCAGCAGAAGCAGUGAGCGCCUACAGAUCGCUGCUGAGAGCGACUAGGAAAUCGUUCGCCGGAGACACGGUGAUGCUGAAGGGCUCGGCGGCGGAGGUCCGCCAGAAAUUCGAAGAGAAUAGGGGCGUGACGUCAGAGGCGGAGAUCCAAAGACUCCUGGGUGAGGCACGCGAGGCGUCCAGCUUCAUCUCCACCAUGAUCGUCCAGGCCAAGCUCAACUCCCGCGGCGGCUACGAAGUGAAGCCGGAUAAGGACCAUGCCGGAGCUACGCUUGAGAUUCCUUCUGAACAAAUCCUCAACAAAUGUUGAUGCAACAUGAACAACUGAGAAACACAAUGCACUAGGCACUGUGACUUCACCUGCAGUUCUUUCUUCAUGCCUGGAUCUUCUUCUUGUCAAUCUUCUUAUCAUUCUCUAUUGGAAUAUGGCUCAUGCAUUGUCUGGAGGAAUUAACUCCAGCUAGGUGUGGUAGUUUGUUGUUUUUAAGUUCUAACUCUGGGGCGUUUGGAAGAA